AUUUUAUCAAAUUAUUAUUUAURUUCGGAAUUCGUUAGGCUAGAAUGUCAUAUAGAAACCUUAUAUUUUUGGGUUCCCUGUGUGACACGUCAGUAAAUCCAAGAUGGCGUUCACUUUCUAUGGUCUACUUGAGGCCUGUCUCCUUGUUGUAAACGCWGUAGCUGUGCUACACGAAGAAAGAUUCUUAUCUAAAAUUGGAUGGGGAACAGAUCAGCUGGCUGGCUUUGGAGAAGAUAGAGGAACGAAACAUCAAGUUAUAAACCUAAUUCACUCUGUCAGAACUGUGAUGAGAAUACCCUUGAUUUUUCUAAAUGCAGUUACUAUAGUAUUACUACUUCUGAUGGGGUAGAUAUCAAGAAAGUUAAUGUUACAGAAAGCUCACAGAAAGAAAAAUUAUCCUAUAUACAAGAAAAAAAGAACUGGAGAGUUAUUCUUCAAGAAUAAUGCCAAAGCCUUGUACAUAAAACUGUGAUAUGAUGUUAUUCAGGGGUGGGUCAGUCUUUAGAGUACUAAUGCUACAACCACUUUUUAUAACAAAUCGAGGAUCUGACCCUAAAGUGACCAUUAGCCAUAAAAAAAGUGAAUAUGCUAUGCAGAAGAAGUUUGUUCAACAGUCUAUAUAAAUGCUAAGAAUAUAACUAUUAUAGGUUGCAAAAUUUUACUUUUUUUCACUAUAUCACAUUUAGUCCAGUCGCUGUGCCCUUCCCUUUUCCUCAAAAUUUCAAGCAGAGCAAAGAAUAGGAGCUAGCGACUGGACUAUACAAACAUAGCCUGUGUAGCCAGGUGUUCCUAGCCGCUCCCUGGGUUUCUUCAGCCCAAACUCUCUUGGAGUGGCUAGGAACGCCUGGCUAUGCAGGCUAUACAGCUCAACACCUAAAAGUUUUGUCCUCCCCAAUCUCCCCUCUACCCUCCCAAGUCAGGGCAGCUAUGCAUGUCUUGGCCAUAUAUCUUGUUCCCAACAAGAUAACAAAAUUAUUGGAUAAUGAUAGAGACAAGCCUAUACAAAUACAUAUGUGUUGUUUCAAAUGUGGUUCAAGUAAAAAAGCAAAAAUUUUUGUUACUUAGGAAAAUGGAGGAAUUCAAAUCCCAUAAAUAUAAUUUGUACAAAAUUCUUA